AUGAUCAACCCAUCGCUGAAAAACGUGAUUGUCGUAGGAGGUUCUUACGUUGGACGCGCCACCGCUCAAGAGCUCGCGAGAAUUGUGCCACCGACUCAUAGGGUGCUUCUGAUCGAGCCGCAUAGCCACUUCCAUCAUCUUUUUACAUUUCCUAGAUUUGCCAUCGUUCCUGGCCAGGAACACAAAGCAUUCAUCCCAUACAGCGGAGUGUUCUCGUCUGUGCCCAAUUCGGCUUCUCAUGCAUUCGUACAGGCUCGUGUCUUGUCAGUUCAGCCUCGUAGUGUGAGCCUGGACAGAGAAUGGCAAGGUUCCAAGCAGAUACCAUUUGAAUAUCUCGCCGUUGCCACUGGGACGCUCCUCGCUCAGCCAGCGGCAAUGAAAUACGACGAUAAGCCCUCUUCUGUGGAAUAUCUACAGAAGCAUCAAAGAGACAUUAAACAGUCGAAGUCGAUUUUGAUCGUCGGUGGCGGGGCUGUUGGCGUCCAGAUGGCAACAGACCUGAAGGAAUACUACCCCGACAAGAAAAUCACCGUUGUUCAGUCUCGCGCGCGAGUGAUGCCGCAGUAUCACAAAAAGUUCCAUGGGCUCGUCAAGAAGCGAUUUGAUGAUCUGGGUAUUGACCUCAUCACAGGAUCUAGGGUGUCGAUACCGUCAGAUGGAUUUCCAAAUAAUGCUAAGCCGUUCGAUGUUCAGCUGACAAAUGGCGAUACACUCUCAACCGAAUUCGUCAUCCUCGCGACGGGUCAAAAAUCUAACAAUAGCCUUGUCGCGAACCUUGAGCAAUCUGCUCCUGGGUCGGUCAUAAAUCCUGCCAAUGGAUUCAUCCGCGUUCGACCUACGCUUCAGUUCUUGGACGACAAGUACCCGAAUCUAUUCGCCGUGGGCGAUAUUGCGGAUACUGGGGCGCACAAGGCUGCAAGACCAGGAGUUGCCCAAGCAGCCGUACUCGCCAAGAAUGUCCAGGCAUUGAUCGAAGGCCGCCAACCAGAAGAGGCAUUUGUGCGUGGGCCGGCAGGCAUUCACCUUACUUUAGGCAUGACGGAGAAUGUCGUCUUCCGGAAUCCCAACGAGGCGGAAGGUCAGACUGAGCCUACCGUCAUUCCAAGAACCGAUGGACAAGAGGAUAUGAAUGUUGAAGGUUUCUGGAAGAGAUCCGGCGUGGAAGUAAACAAUCCACAGCAAUAUCAUUUGUGA